AUGAUGUUGAAGAACGCCCUCUUGAUCGCCGGACCCCCGCUGGUGUUGCUUGUAAUGGCCGCUUAUGGAUGGGGUAAAUGGGCCGCCGGGCGUUACCGCAAGGCUCUAGACGAGAUUGAUGUAGAGGCGGGGGGUUCUGCCCUUGCCGGUGCUGCAGAGAGUAUUUCCAUGACAGCUUCCGUCACUACGCUCGCAGUUUCGGGGUCAUCCGCGGCUGUUUCCGACAUACCUUUGGUAGAACAGGUUACCAUUACUGGAAAUGAGGGACACCCAGAGCCAUCAGCGGACUCCCGGAUGAUUCCUCCCGUAUCUCACAACGCAGCGUGGUGGAAUCCAUUACACAUGAUACGUACGUUUCCCCACUACUCCUACGGCUCGCCUACAUUGUUUCUGAUACCGAUUCCCUUCUACUUCCUGGCGUCAGCACUGACACCACUUGACAUCACGCACCAUACGGGUUUUCUCACCAAUGCUUCCACCUUCCCACAGCGCUACAGCGCUGUCGGCUCGAUCUUCUGGUUUUAA